CUUUGCGCCGACAUGCACUUCCUGGUUACUUUGUCGCUGGGCUUCCUUUGCCUGUCAGCUGGGCUGUCUACAACAACAAUAACUGCCAGCAAGAUACUCAAGUCGCUGAGGUUUGAGUCAACAGGACAAGUCACAGAGGAAAGAAAGACAACGCUGUGCUUCUCUGAUGAGAAGGCGAGACUGGUGACUCAGGAUGGAGGGCUUCAGGCGGACGUACCUGCGUCUGUGUAAGGAGGGCGGGGUGGAGCCUCAGGAGAGCGUUGUGGCUCAGCUCCAGGAGAGCAGGGCUGCUCCGGGCUCCAGACUGGACCUGAGCGGACAGAGCCUGUCUGCGGAUACCUGCUCUGUGCUGGCCAGGGCCUUCCAAAAGGAUACCGUCUUCACAGAGGUGUUGCUCAGUGACUGCAUGCUCAGCGAGGAAGGUGCCAAAGUACUGCUGAGUGGACUGUUUGGCAACACUACCGUGAAAGUCCUGGAUCUCAAGGGAAAUAAUCUGCGAUCGACAGGGGCCGAGGUGUUGGGAAAGCUGUUGUCACGAAACAAGACUCUGCGUAGGCUGGUGCUGGAGUGGAACGCUUUGGGGGUGUGGGACGAAGCCUUCUCGCUCUUCUGUGAGGGUUUGGCCUCCAAUGGCACGCUGACACAGCUGGACCUGCGCAACAAUCAGAUCAACCACCACGGAGCAGCCGAGCUCGCUCUGGCACUCAAACGCAACACGGCUGUUCAAGCGCUGGAUCUCAGGUGGAACAACAUCGGUCUGUUGGGUGGCAGGACUCUGCUGGAGGCUCUGCAGAAGAACAACAGCAUAAUGCAGCUGGAGAUGGCAGGGAACAACAUACCCAGUGACACACUCAAAGCUCUUGAGCAGACCACAGGGCACAACUCAGACAGACAGUCCACCCUGAGAGACAGCCGCAGCAGGACCCAGGUCCUCAGCAAGGAGAUUCAGACACUGAAGGAGGAGAAGGGUCGGCAGUUCCUCAGCCUGAUGGAAACCAUAGACAGACAAAGAGAGGAGAUGGGACGCUCCACAGGGUCCACCUCCAGUCAGAUAGGCCAACUCCAGGAAGCUCUGAAUGAGAGGAAGUCAGCUGUCAACUCGCUCACUGCCAAACUACAGAUGACAGAGGCUGCGCUCGCGCUCUCCGAGCAGAAGAACCACAACAUGGGAGAACUGCUGACACGAGUGAAGGCGGAGAAAGAAGAACAGAGGGAACGACAGAGCAGGGAGAGGAGGAAAGAGCAAGAGGACGGUGCACUCAGAGAAGGUAAACUCCUCAGAGAGAUCCAAAACCUGACAGAAACCAACGCCCAACUCAUGAAUAAAGUGGAGGAGAUGGAGCGCAGGUGUAAGUCUCAACAGCAGCAGAUCUUUGAGCUGAAGCAGGAGCUGACCAACAGCACGGCAGAGCUCAAGCUCCAACUAGCGCAGGCAGAAGAACGUCUGGAUAUAGAGAAGCGAAGGUCCAAGCAAGCUCUGCAAGACACGGACAAUCUCCGCCAGAAGGAGGUGGAGCAUUUGAAUCGACAUCUAGAAGAGAGCGAGAGGGCUCUGCAGGAACGCAUCUUCAAACUGGAGGGCCAGCGGAUACAACUGGAAGAGGAGCUGAGUAAAGCUAAAGCGGCGUGUGUGACGGAGAGGGCCCAGGCAGAGGAGGAGCUGGGAAGGGUGCGAGCUCAAGUGCGUCUGGAGGAGCAGGAGCAUGUGUCGUCCUUGGAGGAGAAGCUUCGCUCCGUGCGGUCCCUCCAGCAGGAGGUCCAGCUCCACUGCUCCCAGCAGAAGCAGAGCAUCUCUGAGCUGCAGGCCAAGAACAGCCAGCAGAGCAUGGAGUUAAACGGGCUGCGGCGCAGGACGGAGGAGCUCCAGCAGGAGCUGUCGGGGAAGGACCAGGAGAAGGUGGCUGAGUUAAGCCAGGUGAGGGUGGAGCUGCAGGAGCAGAUUGGACAUUUACAGGCCGAGAGAACAGCACAGGGGGGACUCAAGGAGAAGAUCAGUGCUCUGGAGAGAGAGAUUAAAGCACUCAGCGGUAACCACAGAGAGGUGCUGCUCGACAAAGAGAGCGAGAUGUCGUCCAUGCUGGAGAAGCUGCGGCUGAAAGACGCCGAGAUCCAGAGGAUGAGGGAGGACGAAGCCCACCGAGCCAGCUACCUGCAGAGCGCCAUCCUCACCUACGUGCAGGGCUCUCCUCUGGGACACUACAGCAGCCCCAAGAAAUAACAGCUGCAGCCUCCAAGCCCUCACUCGCUCAGGACCGUCUAAAGAAUACAAAUACCAAGAUAAAAUUAUGAUUGUCUGGAGUGUGAGGGCACAUACCGAACUCAAUGUGCAGAUCCAGUCAAGAAAUGACGGGUUGAAAAAUAUAUUACCUGUGAUAUACUGUACUUUGAUGCUUUUUUAGAUCUUUAGAUACAUUUUGUACGUUAAUGCUCUUGCUGGGACGGACAGCCUUAUGUAUAUUUUCACUCUGACAUUACACUGACUAAUGAACAUUCAGCCUCUAGGAGCAGCUACCAGUCAAAGAGACUUUUUUUGCUGGUUGUUUGUUUUUGAACAAAACGUUUGCCUGGUGGAUGAGAUUAUUAACCGUUUCAAAACAACAUGUUUUUUUUAAUCUCUUCUAUUGGUCACACGUCCAUUUAUAGUUACACCGUAAUAACAUGAUGGUCCAAAUCCUGUAUUUCCAGAUUCUCCUCUCUUAAAUGACGGAGCAACACAGUACUCUAAACAACAAGAACAAAAGGGGUAAAAACCCAAUCAGGGAACUUAGCUCUACCAUUCUCACAAUGUCUACAAGUGCAAGAUAUAUGAUUUGAGACUAAACUGCUGUUGAAAGGAUAUUGCAUGUGCCUCAACCACAGCUCUGUCUUAACUCUUUACAUCAGCAUUGCCAAAGGCUUCCCUCUCUCGUGUCUUUAGCUCUUUUUGCUGGCUGAUUCACAAAAUGUUGUCUUCUGUUUUUAUGAAUAAUUUUAUGAAGAAACUCCUACUUAAACUCUGGAUGCACUGUUUUAUACAUUGAUAUUGUAUCGGAUACCUGAUGGAUAUUUUGUGUAUUUACAGGUGUGUUUUUAACAUUUUGCUGAUUUUUAUUACAUGCGUUUUCUUUUUAAUAUAUCAUUAAAUGUGCUUAUUUCUAAAAUAAA